CCUCUCCUCGGACACACUCGCAGAGAGCCCCAUACACGAAGCACCCAUACAAAUUCUUUGCAGGAAGGGACCGAGGGAUAAAGCAAAUCGCUGAGCAGUCCGCAGAUACCCUUUUUUUUCUUGGGGAGAGAGUGGGAGAGAGAGAAAGAGAGAGUUUGAACUUUCACAUACGGAAGUUGCAACAUGGCCACCCCGAGGCCCGACACGCCCCCUAUCGCUACAGCUACAGCGGGCGGGUCUGGGCUGUUGUGGCAGUUUGGUGUUGCUUUGAUCGGGGGCGUCAUCCUCUUCGGCAUCCCCUGCACGUGCGUUCUCUCCUGGUGGGCCCGGCGCCGUCUCGCCGCCAUCCAACGCGCCAUCGACGUCGAAGCCGCCGGCGGUGCCUUCGACUUCCCCGGGCGUGCAGCCGGCUCAGGCAGCCCGAUCCCAGGCGGCGGUAACUCGCCCUCCCGCGCCGGCGGGAACCACGUUAUUCGCAAGGAGAACAUCGACGAGUACUUCCCGGCGCGGCCGUACCGCAAGCAGAAGGAGCGCAGGCAGAACAAGCGCGGGUUGCUGGGACCCAAGGUUGGGAAUAAUAAGCUAGAGCCGGAAAUGCGGAUGGCGAAGCAGGAGGUGGAGGCGAAGGGCGGGGAUUUGAGCGAGAUGGUUUUGCCGGUUACUGCCGAAUCAGGUGGUUUUCAGGAUGCGCGGGAUGUCGCAGCAGCGACACCGCUACGUGACGAUUGCCCACAACCACAUCACCACCGGCUACCCCUCUCUCAGUGCAUCUCCACCACCACCCUCAUCGAGCCCGACCAACCUCCUCUCCAAAUGCAAAACCCACCCCCAACGCGCCGCCUCUCCUCCCUCACCGCAACCUCCUCCACAACAACAAGAAGCUCAACCUCCAACUCCUCAACGAUGUCAUACCCCUACCCAAGCGACACAUGCCCAAUCUGCAUCGAGCCGUUCGUCGAGGGCGAGCCGAUCAGGGAGCUCGUGCCGUGCCGGCAUUACUUCCAUGGCGCGUGCAUUGAGACGUGGUUGACGGAACGUAGAGGCGUGUGUCCAAUGUGUAGGGCGGAUUUGGUGGAUGCUGUGAAGGGGGAGGGCCCUGACGAGGAAGGUGAAGGGGGUGAUGUGGAGAGGGCGGAGUAGGCGAUGCGCGAUACGCGAACAGUCUCGCAUUUUCAACGCACAUGCACACAAUGCCCACGCCCGCAGUAUGCCUCCUCACUCUCACAGCUAUGCAAGCCGAACGCCUUUGAACGUACUUUCUCAAUUCGCCGCAGAACCCCCACCCUUACAAAUCUCUCAUUCCUCCACCUGCUGGCC